AUGAGCAGUCCGUUCACAGUUCCUGACUUUAUCAUCUACUGCAUCAGCAUCAUCCUCAUAGCAAUCCUGCUCAUGGAAGUGCUGGACUGGUCGUGCAUCCAAAUAGGCUUCGCGUGCCCAAGCAUUAGUCCACCGCAAGCCUUCCUCUACGGCGUGAGCAACGGCCCUAGCUACUGGCGCUGCGCCUACCCCGAGGCCCGGAGCCUGUCCCAGUCGCCCAUCAACAUUGUUGGCAAAUCAGCCAUCGCCCUGGUGCCCUCGAAGCCGCUUUGCUGGCGAAGUUACGACGACGAACCGUAUUCCGUUCAGCUCUCGAAUGACGGGAACACAGUGGUGCUCUUGGGCCAUUGGAACCACGUGUCGAGGCCGAAGCUCCAAGGUGGUCCCCUCCAGUCGGUCUACGAUUUUCACUCGGCAGUGUUUCGCUGGGGCCCGGCCAAUGACGAGGGCAGUGAGCACACCCUCGACUACGUUGGUUACUCCAUGGAGCUGCAGGCUAUGCACCUGAAACGGGGAAUCGAGACUCCGCGCGAUGCUGCUGCCUGUAAGGUCAAGGACGGCUUGGCCAUUGUGUCCUACUUUUUUCAGAUUACUGAGGCAGAUAAUCCGUACCUGGACCACGUGGUAACAAACUUGUGGCGCGUAAUCAAUCCAGGAAGCUGCACUCUAUUGCCAGCCUUUCCUCUCGAAUGGCUGAUGCCGAGUUUUGAGAGCAAGUAUUAUGCGUACUGUGGCUCGCUGACCCAUCCGCCGUGUAGUGAAAUUGUUACAUGGAUAAUUCAGCCUCGGAGUAUUGCCAUAUCGGCUUCACAAAUGGCCUGGUUUCGAAAAGUAUGUUCGACAGAAGGUCCAAUCACGUCAAAUUGCCGACCAGUGCAAAAUUUGAAUGACCGGGACGUGUUUUAUUACUGUUAA